ACCAUCACUCUUCAUACGAAUCGUAUUUUGGCGUCCACCCGUGUCUUUUAUUUUGAAAGGCUAAACGUCAGCAGUCCACUACGCAUGCGCACUUGGAAAGGCGACACAAAUACAAACGGAAGACCGGGUGUCUGAAAGAAAGUGAAGAUACGCGAGUGUCGAUGACCCGGUCUGUGAAUGAGGACAGCGCCACAUGGAGGCCGUGCUGAGAAACGUGGCCUGUACCGUGGAGCUGCUGGCCGUGGCUGCCCACAGCAGUGUGGUGAGUCAGUGGGAUGAACAGACUGUGUCCAGGGCUUUUCGCUGGGCCACGUACUGCGAGCACAUCUACAUAAGGUUCCAUAGUAACCCGGUCAUAAGAGGGGUCCUGGAGAAGCAGCUGCAGCUCACCAAUCACAGUUUGAAGGAAGCUCUUCCUGAAUACAAUGAAGUGUCGUUCUGGGAUCUGGGUCGCUGCCAGAACCUGCUGCUCCUCUGGAUGCUGAACAACUCUGCUCUGCCCAUCUCCAUCAUGAAGAUGCUCUUUGAAACAAGGGUUUCUGUUAACAAUAUUAACAGCGACUACGAAGAUGUCAGAGGCCUCUGCAGCCAGCUCAUUCAGUGCAGAUCUGCCUGUAAAGUCCUGCAUCAUCUCCUGGGUCUCCCUACUGUUGGUGCUGAGGCUCAGGUUCAGGGAGAGAUGCUGAUGGAGAGGUUGGAGUUCGUGUUGAGCCAAAACGAUGAUUCCCGUUGGGCGGAAGAUUUUCUGAGCUCUGUCCUUCAGGAAUUUGAGGGUGCAGCACAGCAUUUGUGUCCAGUCAUCGCUGCAGCUCUGCAGACAACGACAGACUCAGCUGCACAAACUGCUUCUCAGAAUUUUCUCCUAGACUGGUUGCAGAGUCAACACGGCGUGCUGCAGCACAUGUGCUCUGCGCUGCCCUCUAAGCUUCUUGCAGACUUGGCAAAAAAACACCAGAAAUUUAGAGGUGCUUUCUGCAAGUUGCUAAAAAAGUGGGCCUCGGAGAUGGAGUACAGGAUAAACGAAGGUGAAUGGAUUCAUACUGCAACAAACUCUAUAGUGUCCUUCCAGAAAAUGACUGAGCACUUUUUGACCCUGUUUGAGGCCUGUCCCUCUAUUAGGACGGAAACAGAGGAUGAGCUGCAGGCCCUGAAGAUUUCUGAUGGAGACUUUGAUGUUAGAGGUCUGAGUGUGUGGGGGGACCUCUUGUUGGCUUUGAGCAACGAGGCUCAUUCUUCUGGUUUCUUUAUCUAGACAAUCUCACCAAAAUCUUGGCGAGUUAUUGUUUACACAAUAAUGUGUGUACCAGAUCUCGUUUAGUACUAAAUAAAAUAAACUGUAACACUGAUGGAAUGUUGUUAAUAACUAAAAACAGAAAAAACACGUUUUUGAUCAUAUGGAUGGUCCAAUCAUAACGUUUGCACUUGUUCAUUACUAUUAUAUUCAUAUACAUUCAAUAUGUUAUGUUACUGAGUAUAGUUUUAAACAAAGAACAUUUUAUAAAGUGAAAUUCAACAAUCAUAGUUUUUAUCAGCUAUGCAUUUAGUCCAGGAAUCUUAUCAGGAUUAGUGUAGAAAUAUUUCAAAAACUGUUCCUUUCAAAAGUCUAAACAUUGCUGUUAAAAAGCCAGGUUUUUGUGACACAAAUAAACAAGACCAUGAUGAAUCA